GGAACACGUAUACCUUUGGUCGCUUCCGCUAAUCGUGUAGUAGUGUAAACAUGUAGCUGCUUCGCCAGUUUGAGACAUGUUGCCUUCUUGCUCUGCUGUCUAGCGGUUUUUGUCAGUUCAGUUUUGUCAGUUCAGUUUUGUCAUAAAUCUGCACGACGAUGGCAGUAUUGCAAAGAAUAUUUGUAUCGGGACCAGGGCAGCGUAGUAGCGUUAGCUUGGGGAAUAGCUGUCCAGCUAACUAACGUUGUCCUGUUUGUACGAGGCUGGCCUUGCUAACUACAGGGCUAGCCUCAAUCUGCAGCAGUAGCAGCAGCGAAGGGUUUCACCAGACAACAUAUGACAAGAAUGGACGUUAUUUAACAAGAACAACACACAAAGUGGACAGCAAAAUGAAGACAUGCAGAAGUGUUGGUGCGUCGUCCCAAAUGAAUGGGCAACACGACUGGGACAGCAGGCGAAAGAGGAAAAUAGCGGACAUCACUCAGGCCCUCAGCGUGAGUCCGGUGGAUGUGGCAGCACUAAGGAGAAUGGCUAUAAGUGAAGGAGGACUGCUGACUGAUGAGAUCCGCUGUCAAGUGUGGCCUCGCCUACUCAACGUCCCCUCUCAGGUCCUGGAUCAGGAGCCAGAGACGGUGGAGCGAGAGAAUAACAAGGAUUACAACCAGGUCCUGCUGGACGUCCAGCGUUCAUUGCGGAGGUUUCCACCAGGUAUGCCAGAUGAACAAAGAGAGGGUCUCCAAGAAGAACUAAUUGACAUCAUCCUCAGAGUUCUGAAACGUAAUCCCCAGCUGCACUAUUAUCAGGGCUACCAUGACAUUGUUGUCACCUUCUUAUUGGUCCUGGGAGAGCGUCUUGCAACUGCUCUGGUGGAAAAGCUCUCCACACAUCACCUCAGGGACUUCAUGGAUCCCACAAUGGACAACACAAAACAUAUUCUGAACUAUUUGAUGCCCAUCAUUGAGAGGGUCAACCCAGAGGUCCAUGACUUCAUGCAACAGGCUGAAGUGGGUACAGUCUUUGCUCUCAGUUGGCUGAUCACCUGGUUUGGGCACGUCCUGUCAGACUUUCGCCACGUCGUCCGGUUGUAUGACUUCUUCUUGGCCUGCCAUCCUCUGAUGCCUAUCUACUUUGCUGCUGUGAUUGUGCUGUACAGAGAGGAGGAGGUGUUGGAGUGUGAAUGCGACAUGGCCAUGGUUCAUCAUCUGCUCUCUCAGAUUCCCCAGGACCUGCCGUACGAGACACUCAUCAGCCGAGCAGGAGACCUUUUUGUUCAGUUUCCUCCCUCUGAACUAGCUAAAGAAGCCUCCUCGCAUGACAGCGUGGCGGCCUCUACAUUUAAGGACUUUGAUCUUGCGUCCACGCAACAGCGCCCAGACUCAGUUCUCCGUCGCCGACGUAAACAAAAACAGGCAGCGCUGGAGAGCUCCGCGGCCACCUCAGUUGUAGCAGUGGCUCAGCCUUCGGCAGCACGGCGGUUUGUUCGAUUGGCUGUCAUGGGUCUGACAGUGGCUUUAGGGGCAGCAGCUCUCGCCGUGGUCAACACCGCCCUGGAGUGGGCUCCUAAACUAGACCUGUUUCCCUGAACUGAUCAUUUUCACUCCUGCUCGACUUAUCUGUCCCUGAGUGCUUUUAAUCUACUUGGUGGGUCUGUCAUCAAAGAACCCUUUAAUGAACUAAACCACAGACCCUGCAGUUGGUAACAACAUCUGGAGUGUACUCUCCAGGUAACGCUCCUCUUCCCUCUACUAGGAUGUGAGCAUCUUACUCAGUGAAGAGAGACCUUUGUGUGACUCCAGGAGUACAAGUUCUAACAGCUGCGGUCCUGAAUUGAAGAAUGCACCCUUUUGUAAUGAGACACACUGUAACACUUAAGAACUAUUAUUGAUGGUGUCAUUAUUAUAGUUAAUUUAUAUUUGGUAUUAGGAUAGUCUGGUAUUGAGUUAUGCUCACAUAGAUUAAUACUGAACGCUUGGUGGACUCACCACACUUGUAACUGCUGCCAAUUAAGAGAACUGAUAUGCGUGUGUGCGUGUGGUUGCACCCUGUUUGUUAUAUAUUUGAUACCUGGAUGAGACCAAAUAGAGGAUUGAUGGAAUCCUCUCUUUGUAUAAUUUACUGUUUAUUAAUGUGUAGGUAUGUCACAAGCUGCAUACACAUGCUUCUUUGUCACAUAGGCACUUUUUAAGGUCACCAUUUUAUUGUUUUUAAUUUAAUUUGACACCCUUGACUACACAUUUAAUUUUUCGCUGGGGUCAACUAAUGCAAGUAAAACUUAAAUCUGCAGAUUAGGUCUCAGAUUGGAGUGAAUGGUUCACAGUCCUGGAAAUAAAAAGAUGUUAACUACAA